AAUUUUAAAGGGAUAGUUAAUAAAUAACUGUUGUCAAAUUUGAAAUUAUAAACGCUAAGCUAAACAAGUUAGUUCUUUGCUUUCUGUGCACUUCACAGUUUUGGGACAUGACUGAGUACUGCAUCCAGUAUCUGUGUGGGUGAUAAGUGUCACCGCUGAUAAUGUCAAAAUUGUCCCUGGGAAGGAAGACAUCCACUGUUAAAUUAAACAGCUGGGUGGAACCGUCUUUCGGUGACCUUCUGGGAGGCUCUGCAGUGAAAAGUCUGGGCUUAAAGAAAGUCUCACGUUCCAAUGAGAGCUUGAGCAAAGCGAGAUCAUUCGCCGAAGACCCAUCAGAAAAGAAGCCCAAAAAGAGAAAGGCAGACUCCCAUGUCUUAGCUCAUCAGUUUCCUUCCUCCAGCAAAACUUCAUUAGAGGAUCGCGAUGAACCCUGGGUGGACACACACGCUCCUAACUCACAGGCGGAACUGGCAGUUCAUAAGAAGAAGGUUGAGGAGGUUGAAAACUGGUUGAGAAUUCACCUGGACUUAAAACGUGCAAACCAGGGUGGCGCCAUUCUCCUACUCACAGGCCCCUCAGGUUGUGGAAAGACAGCCACUGUCCAGGUCCUGGCUCAGGAUCUGGGCUGCCAGAUCCAGGAGUGGUCCAAUCCAUCCACCACCUCAGACUAUAGGGCUGAUGACGCCUACACACGGGUCUUUGACCCGGAUUCAAGGUUUAACAGUUUCCAUGGCAGCUCUCAGACAGGAGCCUUCCAGGAGUUCCUGCUCAGGGCCAAUAAAUACAGCCGCCUUCAGAUGAGUGGAGACAGCCAGUCCACCGAACACAAAAUCAUCCUUAUAGAGGACUUUCCAAACCAGUUUUACAGACAGCCAAGUUGUCUCCAUGACAUUUUGAGGCGUUUUGUGAGGACGGGACGGUGUCCACUGGUUUUCAUCGUUUCAGACAGUUUGAGUGGCGACAGGGGUUCCAGGCUUCUCUUCCCCAAAGACGUUCAGGAGGAGCUUGGGAUCCACAACAUCAGUUUUAACCCCGUGGCUCCCACCAGCAUGAUGAAGGUUCUUAGCCGCAUUGUUACGCUCGAGGCAGGCAAGGGUUCGGGCCGUAUCGCGGUGCCUGACAGAGCGUCUCUGGAGCUGCUGUGUUCUGGAAGUGCAGGAGAUAUACGUAGUGCCAUCAACAGCCUUCAGUUCUCCACUCUCACUGAUCAUUCUCUGGAAAAGGGGCUAUGGGCCGGUAAAAAGGGCAAACCGGCGUCUUCAUCCAGAAAGGGAUCAGUUAAGGGGAGAAGGAAGAGCAAGGUCCACAGAGCCACUGAGAUGACGGAGGACAGCCAGGCUAUCGGAGGAAAAGACGCCUCUCUCUUCCUAUUCAGAGCGCUGGGGAAGAUUCUCUACUGCAAACGUGAAGCCUAUGAAGGCUCUGAAACACCAAAGCUUCCCUCACACCUGUCAGAACAUCAGAGAGAUAAACUGCUCAUUGAUCCUGAGCUUGUUGUAGAGCGUUCACACAUGUCCGGUGAGUUCUUUAGCCUCUACCUGCACCAGAAUUACCUGGAUUUCUUCUCUGACAUAGAGGACGUGACUCGAGCCAGUGAGUACCUGUCAGCUGCCGACUUCCUCACUGCUGAUUGGACGUCCCGGGCCACUAUGUUGGAGUAUGGAUCGUCUGUGGCCACCAGGGGCCUCAUUCAUUCCAAUUCUGCCCGCUCGUCAGCCACCAGCCAAUCAUCUGUCGGCUUCAAACCACUUCACAAACCCCAUUGGCUGCACAUCAACAAGACGUAUCGUGAGAACUGCCUGACAGCUCAGUCACUGUUUGUCAGUUUCUGUCUUCCUCCCGUGAGCCUCCUGACGGAGCUCGUGCCCUACCUCGCCCAGCUCAACAACCCCAUGAGGAACCAAGCUCAGAUAGCCUUCAUACAGGAUGUGGGCCAUCUUUCCCUCAGACGGUUUCCUGGCAGAUUGAAACUUGAAGUGCUUGGUGAUAAAGACCCUGGUGGAUUGGACCUUGACAGUGAAGAUGAAGACAGUAGCAACUUGGCCACUAACCCAAGCACAAGCACCACGGCCGAGGAGCCAGCUGAGCAGGCGGAGCCCUCAGUAGAGCCCACCAACCCCAGCAGCAGUCAGGAAGUGGGCGGAGACUUUCCUGCCAGUCAGCCCCGCCCUUCCAAUACAGAGGCCCUCCUAGAAGAAGAGGACCUGAUUAUUGAGGAGUAUGACAGUGAUUGAUUGACCAAUCACAAAACAGACUGGCCCCACCCUUGUUCCUGACAUCUUCUCAGAUUUUCUUUGGAUAUUUG